UGAGCUGAAAAUCCACCCCCGCCACGGAAUAAAAAAAAAAAGAAAACAAAAACUUGAUUUGGUAACCCAGCGGUCAGUCACUGUCACCCUUUCUGGAGUUCCUAAAACGGACCUCUUGCAAGACAGCCUGCAAGACUUAAAAGGGGCGGGAGUCUCACCUCCAGGUUGCAAUUAAGCAACAGCAUCGCCCACCCAAAGCAGAUGACAAGGAGUCCCCGGGAGUGCAGAGAGGCUACACGGACUGCACACUAGCAGGUCCUCUGAAACACUUCUUCUUAAGCCACUAAAACAACAGAAACCAUGUGCAGCCCUAUUGUCGAAGACAACAACAUGAAUUUAAAUGAGGAUCCACGCUGUGGAGACAGGAUGAAACUCACCAGUGAAAAGUUGCCCAAAAAUCCUUUCUCUCUAUCUCAAUAUGCUGCCCCAAACCAGAAAUUCUUCCAAUGGAAGAAGGAAAAGCCUGAUUAUUACCGCCAUGCUAAUUUGGUGGAUACAGCAUUGCAGUUCCUAAAAGAAAGAAUAAAGAGAGGGGAUGCUAUGGCGUAUUUUCUAAGAGGUCAACUCUAUUUUGAAGAGGGCUGGUAUGAAGAAGCCUUGGCACAGUUUAAAGAAAUCCAGGAGACUGAUCAUCAAGCAAUUUAUCAGCUAGGAGUGAUGUAUUAUGACGGGUUGGGGACCACCCCAAAUGCCGAAAAAGGAGUGAAAUAUAUGGAGAAAAUUCUUGAUUCUUCAUGCCCCCAAACACUGCACUUAAAAUUCGCUGCCGCUUACAACCUUGGAAGAGCUUAUUUUGAAGGAAAAGGGGUGAAGCAAUCAGACGAUGAAGCAGAGAGACUGUGGCUGUUUGCUGCAGACAACGGAAACCCAAAAGCUAGUGUGAAAGCACAAAGCAUUCUAGGACUGUAUUAUUCGAUGAAGGAGCCCAAACACUUAGAAAAGGCAUUUUUCUGGCAUUCGGAAGCUUGUGGCAAUGGAAAUCUGGAGUCCCAGGGUGCACUUGGUCUCAUGUACUUUUAUGGGCAGGGGAUCCGCCAGGACACUGAGGCUGCCCUGCACUGCUUACGGGAAGCAGCCGAACGAGGGAACGUCUAUGCCCAGGGGACUCUGGUGGAGUACUACUACAAGAUGAAGUUCUUUACCAAGUGUGUUGUGUUUUCCAAAAGGAUAGCCGACUACGAUGAAGUUCACGACAUCCCCAUGAUAGCCCACAUCACGGACUGUCUCCCCGAGUUUAUCAGCAAAGGCAUGGCCAUGGCAUCCUUCUACUACGCUCGGUGUCUCCAGCUUGGCUUGGGUAUCACCAAAGAUGAAGCUGCUGCCAAACACUACUAUUCCAAAGCUUGCAAGCUGAACCCUACAUUGGCAGAUGAGCUUCACGCCUUACUAAUUCGCCAAAGAAUUUAGACCACAAUGCAUUUCCACGGAGCCCAUCAAUCCUAACCUGAAACAGUGUGUGUAUGCUCACAGCAGCUCCAUCUGUUAUUUUCUGCGUCCCUGUUGUAUUAUCCGGGGUAUUCUACAGAAACAUUUCCUUCAUUCUUGUGUUUGUAUUCUGUAAUUUGCACAAACUAAACUUUAGACACCAAUCCAAUUGCUGGGAAGAGUCCUCAGAGACCCACCUCUUAGCCUGUACAGUGGCCUGGACUGCAUGAGUUUGAAAACAUGCCAAAACUAAGUACCCCUUUGCCUUAUUAA